CUCUUCGAGGCCUGCCGCAACGGCGACGUGGAGCGCGUGAAGCGGCUCGUGCGGCCCGAGAACGUCAACAGCCGCGACACGGCGGGCAGGAAGUCGAGCCCGCUGCACUUCGCCGCAGGUUUUGGUCGGAAGGAUGUAGUUGAAUAUUUGCUUCAAAGUGGUGCCAAUGUUCAUGCUCGAGAUGACGGAGGCCUUAUUCCUCUUCACAACGCUUGCUCUUUCGGUCAUGCUGAAGUUGUCAAUCUUCUCUUGAGGCAUGGUGCAGAUCCUAAUGCUCGGGAUAAUUGGAAUUACACUCCUCUUCAUGAAGCUGCUAUUAAGGGCAAGACAGAUGUCUGCAUUGUAUUGCUGCAGCAUGGUGCUGAGCCAACCAUCCGUAACACAGAUGGGAGAACAGCUUUGGAUUUAGCAGACCCGUCUGCAAAAGCAGUGUUGACUGGUGAAUACAAGAAAGAUGAACUCUUAGAAAGUGCCAGGAGUGGAAAUGAAGAAAAGAUGAUGUCUCUUCUUACACCCUUAAAUGUUAACUGCCAUGCAAGUGAUGGCAGAAAGUCGACUCCUUUACAUUUAGCAGCUGGGUAUAACCGUGUUAAAAUAGUGCAGCUCUUACUACAGCAUGGAGCUGAUGUGCAUGCUAAGGAUAAAGGAGAUUUGGUUCCACUUCAUAAUGCCUGUUCCUACGGUCAUUAUGAAGUAACAGAGCUUCUAGUAAAGCAUGGAGCAUGUGUGAAUGCAAUGGAUCUGUGGCAAUUCACCCCUCUGCAUGAAGCAGCUUCUAAGAACAGGGUGGAAGUAUGUUCUCUUUUGUUAAGUUAUGGUGCUGACCCAACACUCUUGAACUGUCACAACAAAAGCACCAUUGACUUGGCUCCAACGCCUCAAUUAAAAGAAAGAUUAGCAUAUGAAUUCAAAGGCCAUUCACUGCUACAGGCUGCAAGAGAAUCGGAUGUAGCUCGCAUAAAGAAACAUCUUUCUUUGGAGACAGUGAACUUCAAGCAUCCCCAGACACAUGAGACAGCUUUGCACUGUGCUGCUGCAUCCCCAUAUCCAAAGAGAAAGCAAGUGUGUGAAUUGCUGCUGAGAAAAGGAGCCAACAUCAAUGAAAAGACUAAAGACUUCUUGACUCCUCUGCAUGUAGCAUCAGAAAAAGCUCAUAAUGAUGUUGUUGAAGUAGUUGUGAAACAUGAAGCUAAGGUUAAUGCAUUGGACAAUCUUGGUCAGACCUCUCUUCAUAGAGCUGCACAUUGUGGUCAUCUUCAGACGUGCAGAUUGCUACUGAGUUCUGGAUGUGAUCCUUCCAUUGUGUCCCUGCAGGGCUUUACAGCCUCCCAAAUGGGGACAGAAAGUGUGCAACAGCUAUUGCAAGAAGGUAUCCCACUAGGUAAUUCAGAUGCAGAUCGCCAGUUGCUGGAGGCUGCGAAGGCUGGAGAUGUGGAUACUGUAAAAAAGCUAUGUACAGUUCAAAGCGUGAACUGCAGAGAUAUUGAAGGACGUCAGUCUACACCGCUUCACUUUGCAGCUGGCUACAAUAGAGUAUCAGUUGUUGAAUAUCUUCUUCAACAUGGAGCUGAUGUGCAUGCAAAAGAUAAGGGAGGACUUGUCCCUUUACAUAAUGCUUGCUCUUAUGGUCACUAUGAAGUUGCAGAACUUCUCGUUAAACAUGGCGCAGUUGUAAAUGUAGCUGAUUUGUGGAAAUUCACUCCCUUACAUGAAGCUGCAGCAAAAGGAAAAUAUGAGAUAUGCAAACUCCUAUUACAGCAUGGAGCUGACCCCACAAAGAAAAACAGAGAUGGAAAUACUCCUCUGGACCUUGUUAAAGAUGGUGAUACUGAUAUUCAAGACCUGCUUAGAGGAGAUGCAGCUCUACUGGAUGCUGCUAAGAAAGGUUGUUUGGCCCGAGUAAAAAAGCUGUGUUCACCUGACAACGUUAAUUGUCGGGACACACAAGGACGACAUUCCACACCACUACACUUAGCAGCUGGUUACAACAAUUUGGAGGUUGCUGAGUACCUUUUACAGCAUGGUGCAGAUGUGAAUGCGCAGGAUAAAGGAGGUUUGAUUCCUCUGCAUAAUGCUGCAUCUUAUGGGCAUGUGGAUGUGGCAGCUUUACUCAUAAAGUAUAAUGCAUGUGUGAAUGCUACAGACAAAUGGGCUUUCACACCUUUACAUGAAGCAGCCCAGAAAGGAAGAACACAACUUUGUGCCUUGUUGCUGGCACAUGGGGCUGAUCCCACUCUGAAAAACCAGGAAGGACAAACACCCUUAGACCUGGUCACUGCAGAUGAUGUCAGCGCUUUAUUGACAGCAGCAAUGCCUCCUUCUGCAUUACCAUCAUGCUACAAACCUCAGGUUAUAAAUGUGUCACAGACUGCAGGAUCUGCAGCUGAUUCCCUGUCUUCUGUUCCAUCCAGUCCAUCCAGUCUGUCUGCUGCAAGCAGCCUUGACAACUUAUCUGGUAGUUUCUCUGAACUUCCUUCUGUCGUUGGUACAAAUGGUGCAGAGGGAGCUGCAGUUUUGGAGAAGAAAGAAGUUUCAGGUAUAGAUUUUAGCAUAAAUCAGUUUGUGCGGAACCUUGGCCUUGAACAUCUGAUUGACAUAUUUGAGAGAGAACAGAUAACGCUGGAUGUUUUGGUUGAAAUGGGACACAAAGAAUUGAAGGAAAUUGGAAUUAAUGCCUAUGGCCAUCGACAUAAAAUAAUUAAAGGAGUUGAAAGAUUGAUUUCUGGGCAGCAAGGACUUAACCCAUACCUGACUCUGAAUACUUCUGGCAGUGGAACUAUACUCAUAGACCUUUCCUCUGAAGAUAAGGAAUUUCAGUCAGUGGAAGAGGAGAUGCAGAGUACCGUCCGAGAGCACAGGGACGGGGGACAUGCUGGAGGCGUCUUCAACAGAUACAACAUUUUAAAGAUUCAGAAAGUGUGCAACAAAAAACUUUGGGAAAGAUACACUCACAGGAGGAAAGAGGUCUCUGAAGAGAAUCAUAACCAUGCUAAUGAAAGGAUGCUGUUUCAUGGCUCCCCCUUUGUGAAUGCGAUUAUUCACAAAGGCUUUGAUGAAAGACAUGCCUAUAUAGGUGGCAUGUUUGGAGCUGGGAUUUAUUUUGCAGAAAAUUCUUCCAAAAGCAAUCAGUAUGUUUAUGGAAUUGGAGGUGGCACUGGAUGUCCCAUUCACAAGGAUAGAUCUUGUUAUGUUUGCCACAGGCAAUUGCUGUUUUGUCGUGUAACCCUGGGCAAGUCUUUCCUGCAGUUCAGUGCUAUGAAAAUGGCUCAUUCUCCCCCAGGACAUCACUCCGUUACUGGGCGACCCAGUGUAAAUGGACUGGCAUUGGCAGAAUAUGUCAUUUAUAGAGGGGAACAGGCUUAUCCAGAAUACUUGAUUACUUACCAGAUUAUGAAACCUGAAGCCACCACUGAAGCUUAAGGCAAAUACUUUUGAGAGGCCCUCAGAGAUGGGAUGUGAGGAUAGCCGUGGCCGGCCGACAUCCUGUUGAUUUAUACUGCGUUGUUACAAAUUCAUCUGCAGGUGGUGUGGUAGCAAAUGUGAACAAAAUCUAACAUUUUUGACUUGAUAAAGCUUUAAUAAUGUACAGUAUGUUUUUCUAAAGUUUCAGAAAUGUCCUCUUUUUCAGCACUUUAACAGAUACCAUUCCAGGCAUAAACUGGGCUUUGGCUUACUAAAUUAUAAACAAAAAUUAACUUGAACAAUGGUUUUAUACAAUACUACAUGAAAUUUAGCAGAAAUUGUAAUGCUCUAUACAGGAACUCAUUUUACUAAUACUGUGUUCUUUAAAAACACUGCAUUUACACUGAAAACUAUUUCAUUUGUAAAACUGUAAAUAAGAGCUUUUGUACUAGCCUGGUAUUUAUUUACAUUGCUUUGUAAUAUAAGUGUUUUAGAAUUGCAAUCUUGUACAAAGUGUUUUUUCCAAAUGUUGUUUUGUUCAUCUGUGUUUCCUCUUGCACAAUAGAUUGGAAAAGCCAAUUUUUUUCAGGGUUUAUCAUUAAUUUGGAAGGGAGACAAAUUUUAUCUGAAGAGAUCUAGAAGUAUCCAGCAUUAGAAUAGUUACGCAUAUUUUUGUUCUGUAUUUUUAUUUAUGAAAUACACAUUCCUGAGAAUGAUGGGCUUUGGAAGUAUAAUGUUCCAGAUGAAUGCUAAAGUGUUUUUUCUCACCUACUUCCUAUAGUUUCUUUUCUUUUCCUUUACAAUGUCUUUUAAAGUUUGUAUUUAACUAUGGCUACAGUUACCUUGUACCUUCAAGGCUACUUGACCUUGCAAGUUAUAGUUUUAGUAAAUUAUUUUCUUUGAAUGUAGUUGGAAAGUUAACCUCAGCGAGGUCUUUCUAGGUAAAUUCCACUUGCUUACAUUUAAGCCAGGAAAUCUAACAGUUUAUUCCUAAUAUGAGGGUAAACAACUUCAUCCUUUUUCUUUUUUUCUCUUUUUUUUUUUUUUGUAUGAUUAUUUUUGUAAAUUAAUCUACUUGUGGUGCCCUCAGGAUAUGAAUAUUAUCAGGUGGACAUUUUAAAACCAUUCUGUCAUCUUCUGUUUUCCUUGUGUGUUGCUGUUGGAGCUCCAGCUGCAGCCCCUUUGUAGGAGCGUGUUUCUCUGCAGUGCUUUUGGCUGGGGGAACCAGCUGGGGUGGCAGGCGCUGGUCCCCUGCGUUUAGGCAGCUGGGCGAGGGUGCCAAGCAGAAAGAGCAGCUGGAUACAGUAACCUAGGCAAGACCCCUUGGUAGGGAAAGAGUCCAGGCGGUGUAAUCCCCUCUCAGGAGGUUCUCGUUGUUCUGAUCAGUUCAGUAAGCCAAAUCUUACCUCUCUUGUGCGUUGUUCUUCUGUCCCAUCUGCGUUUUUUGCCUACAUAUUUCAAAAAUAUGUAAAUAAGAUACAAAUUAUAGUUCAUUUGGGUUUAAUCUUAAAGUGGUUAGGAGCAUAUUUUAGUUGCUUGGUAUUUCUACAUAUAGGUUACUGUCCCAGAAGACAAUUUGUUUGCAGGGCAUGUUAUCAUACCAUGGUUUAAAUGUAGUGGUCAAGAUAAUGAAGUUGUCUUGCUGAUGUGAUGGUUAUGUGAUUAUGCUCUAUGUAAAAAUGUAUUGAACCUCACUCAGUUAUGUGGGGACUCUGAAUAAUAAGAUUGCAUAACUUAACUCUUGCAAGUUAUAAUAUUGGAUCUGAAUAAAAGAGGCUUUGAUAUUCUUUUUUUAUUUUUUAUUUUUUUUAGGUACUUUCUCCCAGCAUGUUGCCUCUUCCUUAGGUAUAGUAAUGCUGGAAUUGGUGUUCAUGCAGAAUUUGUUAAGUAUGCUCAGAACACUUUAGUUAUAGCUAAAAUGCUUCAUUCUCUAUGAACGAUCACUUUGUCUUGUAAAAUAUUGUGGUAUGAUAUCAUUUAAGUGGUACCACAAUGUUGGGUUUGUCUGUUUGGGGAUUUUUUGAGUUGUGUUUUUUUGCAUGACAUACCUUGCACUCUGAAGAUGGAAGCUGUAAUGGUUUGAUAAUAUUGACUAUUGAGGUGAACCUUUAAUCUUUUGUGCAAUUAGUUCUGCUUUACUCAUCUUGAAGUGUCUUACAUGUACUGUAUAACAUUCCAUAUCCAUUUAACACUAAAUAAAUUUAAUUCACUGG